GCGGGGAGGGGAGAGGGAGGCGUGAUGGGAUGGGAGCAUAAAUACCCCCGCACCCUCCAGCCCGAUGUCCUGUUGCUUCACGAGCAUCACCGAGACUCCAGAGCUCAGCGUUCCCACGGCGACAGAGAACCGACCAAGACCAGCCAUGAGCCACUCUUCCAUGCACGCCUCCACCUCCUACAGGCGCACGUUUGGGAGCCCCCACCCGAUCCCCAUGGCCUCCUACUCCGCCGUGUCCUCCCGCGUGCCCCACGCCGCAGGGCGCUACGUGCGCUCGGCGCCGCCCGCGGUGGCGCCGCGCUCCGCCGCCUACCACCCGCAGCGCUCGCGCCCCGCGGCCCAGCCGCCCCGCCUCGCCUACGACAGGGUGGACUUCACCCUGGCCGAGGCCAUCAACCAGGAGUUCCUCACCACCCGCAGCAACGAGAAGGCCGAGCUGCAGGAGCUCAACGACCGCUUCGCCAGCUUCAUCGAGAAGGUGCGCUACCUGGAGCAGCAGAACGGCGCGCUGCAGCAGGAGCUCAACCAGUUCAAGGGCCAGCAGCAGCACGGCCAGCCCAACCGGGCGUCCGAGCUGUUCCAGGAGGAGCUGAGGGAGAUGAGGCGCCAGAUGGACGCCGUGGGCAAGGAGAGGGACCAGUACCUGCUGGAGAGGGACAACCUGGCCGAAGACCUGGCCCUGCUCAAGCAGAGGUUGGACGAGGAAGCCCAGAAGAGGGCCGACGCUGAGAGUAACCUGGCCGCCUUCCGCAAGGAUGUGGAUGAUGCCACGCUGUCCCGUCUGGAGCUGGAGAGAAAGAUUGAGUCUCUGAUGGAUGAGAUUGAAUUCCUUAAGAAGCUCCAUGAUGAAGAAAUCCAGGACGUACAAGUGAGUGUCCAGACCCAGCAGCUGAAGAUGGAGGUGGACAGCAGCUCCAGGCCUGAUCUAACUGGUGCUCUGAGGGAUAUUAGAGCUCAAUAUGAGACCAUCGCCUUAAAGAACAUGCAGGAGUCUGAGGACUGGUACAAGUCCAAGUUUGUUGAUUUGACGGAGUCUGCAAAGCGCAACACGGACGCUCUGAGGCAGGCCAAGCAGGACGCCAAUGAGUCCAGGAGGCAGAUUCAGUCUCUGAACUGUGAAAUCGAUGCACUGAAGAACACCAACGAGGCUCUGCUCAGGCAGAUGCGUGAAAUGGAGGACCAGUUCGGUAAUGAGAUUGCCAACUACCAGGACAACGUGGGCCGACUCGAGGACGAGAUCCGCCACCUGAAGGAGGAGAUGGCCCGCCACCUCCGAGAGUACCAGGACCUGCUCAAUGUCAAAAUGGCCCUGGACAUUGAGAUCGCUACUUACCGCAAACUGCUGGAAGGGGAGGAGAACAGGAUUGCUGUGCCCAUCUUAAACAUUGGCAUGAGCAAUCACCUGGGUGAGCGAGACUAUGAACAGAUACCAGACACCCUGAGCAAAAAGACUGUGGUGAUAAAGACUGUGGAGACUAGAGAUGGAGAGGUGGUUAAGGAAUCCAGGAGGGAGAAGGAGAGAGACUCAGGCCGCUCUGAUAGAACUGACAAAGACGACCAGGACGAGUAGAUGAAGACCAGCGCCGCACUAGACAAGAAUACACAGAAGCCAAAAGCAGCCUAAACCUGGUCUAUGUAGUCCUUAUUCCCACUAGUUAUGUGUUUAAAUGUCAUGCAAAGAGUCUUUCAGUACACACUAGGUGCAAUGAUUCCCUUACACAGUGUCACUUUGGUGCUAUUAAAGCUGCCCCCUUGUGUUACCUGUAGGGCUGAGAAACACCACUUUACUAACACACCACCUGAGGCCUUGAGUUACAGUGCAAUUCCGUGGACUCCUUAGACUUUGCAGCAGAGGAUCAAACCGCAGACUGAUUCGUUUUUAAUGGUUUGCGCUUUAGACAGACGUUACUAACAGACUUUCAGACACUGCCUUCUGGUCAAAACCCCUUCAAUGAAAGUAAAUGAGCCUACUUACAUUUUCUUAGACGUGUUGCUUUGAUGCCUUUCACUGCAAAAACCAUUCGCUCACCAAACAGAUGUAACAAAGAACCGAUGACCUGACAGAGGACUUUUGCUGAAUAUGCUUUACAACACUGUGUAUCUGAAACGACUGAUGAAUGAAUAUGUGUUAAGUGGAAAUAAACGCAAACGGAGCAAA